CCGCCAUUGCCGGCCGGUCCCCGCCAUUGCCGGCCGGUCCCCGCCGCCCCGAUGCUCCGCACGGAGAAGGUGCUGCAGCUGCGGGGGCAGCACGGCCGCGCCAUGCGGGUGGUGCGGGAGCACUACCUGCGCCCCGACGUGCCGUGCCGCAGCGCCCUGUGCCACAGCGCCCAGUGCCGCGCCGUCUGCGCCCGCGAUGGCAAAUUGUUAUCAGAUGAUGUCACACACUACGUUGUCCCCGACUGCAAGGUUGUUCAGGAGUACCUGGAGAUUCUGGAAUUUCCAGAGCUGAAAGGAAUUAUUUUCAUGCAAACAGCUUGUCAGGCUGUGCAACAUCAGAAAGGACGAAGACAGUACAACAAGUUACGGAAUCUAUUGAAGGAUCCCCGUCACGACUGUACUGUGUUUGCUAAUGAAUUUCACCAGCACUGCUACCUGCCCAGGGAGAAGGGAGAAUCCAUGGAGAAGUGGCAGACCAGGAAUAUUUACAAUGCAGCAGCCUGGUAUCACAAUCACUGCCUGGGUCAGAUGCCAGUUGUUAUGGUAACAGAAGAUGAAGAUGCUAUCAGGCAGUACGGAAAUGAAACAGAAGGAGUGUUUGUGAUUUCCUUCAAGAAUUACUUGGAUAACUUCUGGCCUGACCUGGAGGCUGCCCAUGAGCUCUUUGGCUCCAUAGUCCAAGCUCGGCGUGAACGGGAGAGUGAAAGCCAAGAGAACCAUGGCAAAGAAUAUCCUGAGCACUUACCUGUGGAAGUGUUGGAGGCUGGGAUCAAGUCUGGAAGAUACCUGCAGGGUGCCCUGAAUGUCAAUAAGCACCGAGCACAGCUGGAAGCUUUUGUUCGGCUGCAGGGGAUUGGCAGCAAAGACACGGAACUUCAAAGUGACAUCCUUAUUUAUGGGGCCAAGGCUCGGAAUCGUGCAAUCCAUGGGGAUGUGGUUGUGGUUGAGCUGCUCCCUGUGCAUGAAUGGAAGGGAAGGACUGUUGCCCUCUGCGAAAAUGAGACUGAGGAAAAAGCACCUGCAGACACCACAGGUGACCCUAUGCCCACAGGCAAAGUAGUUGGAAUCAUCCAGAAGAACUGGAGGGAUUAUGUGGUCACUUUCCCCUCCAAAGAAGAGAGCCAAUCCCAGGGCAGAAAUGCUCAGAAAGUCCUUGUAACACCUUGGGAUUACCGAAUUCCCAAAAUCCGGAUCAGCACUCAGCAGGCUGAAGCAUUGCAGGAGUACCGAGUUGUCGUGCGCAUCGAUUCCUGGGAGUCGACUUCCCUGUACCCCAACGGGCACUUUGUGAGAGUGCUGGGGAGAAUUGGAGAUCUUGAAGGGGAAAUUGCAGCUAUUCUGGUGGAGAACAGCAUUUGUGCUGUCCCUUUCUCAGAAAUCCAGAUGAGUGAAAUGCCAGCGAGUUCUCCAAAGAAUCCAUGGAAAGUGAGUCCAGAAGAGGAGAAAAAACGCCUCGACUUGAGAGAUACCCACCUGAUAUUCAGCAUUGACCCCAAGGGCUGUGAGGAUGUGGAUGAUGCUCUCUCUGUCAGGACUCUGCCCAACGGGAACCUCGAGCUGGGGGUGCACAUUGCAGAUGUGACUCACUUCGUGGCAGCAAAUUCCUACACUGAUGUUGAGGCCAGAGCAAGGGCUACCACGUAUUACCUGGCAGACCGGCGCUAUGACAUGCUGCCCUCCGUCCUCAGUGCUGACCUGUGCUCCCUCCUCAGCGGAGUGGACAGAUACGCUGUGAGCGUCUUGUGGGAGCUGGAGAAGGAAUCGUACGAGAUGCUGAGUGUGCAGUACACCAGAACCCUGAUCCGCUCUGCCUACAAGCUGGAGUAUGAGACAGCCCAGGGGCUGUUGGAUGGGGACACGAGUGUCGUGGGGGAUGUCCUGGAACUGAAAAGCCUGGAUGAAGGAACGAGGCAGAAGAAGCUGGCUGAGCUGGUUUGGGCCGUAUCCAAGCUCACCGACAUAGCGCGACACGUCCGGGCUGAGCGGGACCGCUGCGGCGCGCUGGAGCUGGAAGGGAUCGAGAUCCGGGUGCAGCUGGAUGACAAACGCAAUAUCCAUGACCUCAUCCCCAAGCAGCCGCUGGAAGUGCACGAGACCGUGGCGGAAUGCAUGAUCCUGGCCAACCACUGGGUGGCGAAAAGGAUUGCCGAGGCUUUUCCGCACCAAGCUCUGCUGCGGCAGCACCCUCCGCCACGCCAGGAAUUCUUCACUGAGCUUCGGGACUGUGCCAGUGCCAAAGGCUUCUCCAUAGACACACGGUCUAACAAGGCUUUGGCCGAGUCUCUGGACAGAGCAAACGACCCCUCGGAUCCCAUUGUGAACAAACUGCUGCGCUCCAUGGCCACCCACGCCAUGUGCAACGCCCUGUACUUCUCAACUGGCUCUUGUCCCGAGGAGCAGUUCCAUCACUACGGGCUGGCCCUGGAGAAGUACACUCACUUCACUUCUCCCAUCAGGAGAUACGCUGACAUCGUUGUGCACAGGCUCCUGCUGGCAGCCGCCCUGAGGGGAAGCACGGGGGAUGUGAAGGAUAACAUCGUCAGUAACAAGGAUCUGGAGGAAUUGUGCAGACACAUCAAUAACAGGAACCGGGCAGCCCAGCGUGCUCAGAAGCAGUCCACAGAGCUCUUCCAGUGCAUGUACUUCCGAGACAGGAGCGCCGAGAGCGACGAGCGCUGCGUGGCCGACGGCGUCAUCUACUCCAUCCGCACCAACGGCGUGCUGGUCUUCGUGCCGCGGUAUGGAAUCAAAGGUGCAGCCUACAUGAAAAACAAAGAGGGCUUGGUCAUCUCCUGUCAAGGGGCUGGGAGCUGCCAGUGGGAGCCUGGAUCCCUCCAUCGCUCUCAGCAUAAAAUCACCUCCACUACAACUACUGGAGACUCGAUGACCUUGAGCCUUUUUGAUCACAUCACAGUGAGAAUCCUCGUGCAGACCUCGCGCUGCCACGCUGAAACCAUCAAGCUGGAGAUCAUCAGGAACACACCACACCGCACUGCGGACACGGAGGCUGCCCACAGGAGCUCCCAGGUGAGGCCUGACCUGGUGAAGGAAGUCAGCCAGUCUGCAGAGGAGGCCCAGCGGGCCCAGGAGAGAGCCAGGCUGGAAGUGAUGGAUGAGGAGUCCCGGGAGUUCUGCCAGACCAAGGGGCCCAGCCUGUACCAGCUGCUGGAGGAGAUCCGGGAGCUGGCACUGCUGGAUGUGACAGAGGACAUCAGGACUUGAACUGGGACCUGCCACCAGCUGCUGGGGCUGUCCCACUCCUGUUCACUGUGCUCAAGAGCUAGGGGGAUCUUUAAAAAAGUUUAUUUAAAUAUUCAAAAGUCCUUUCAAUAAGAAGCUAAAUAUCUAUUUUAAAUAUGAAUUAUUUUUAUCUGAUUAUGAGUAUGGAUGUGUUAUGAAAAGAUUUUAUACCUGAUAAAGCUCGUAUUUCAGACUAAA